AUAGAGAUGGCGCUGCUACAACUAAAAAAAAUAUUUUGAUAAAAUAUACAACUCUUCAAAUAACACGUGUCAAAAUUUCUCAGCGAUAUGACAUUUACAACAAAUUUUAUACGUGUUACAAUGGAGUUACUUUUGUGCUUUUUGUCAACAUGGAAAAAAUUGAAUAUCGAGCAGUGAUAAAAUAUUUGUUUUUGAAAAAGAAAACAAACGACGAAAUUAAAUCGGAAUUUAACGAAGUUUAUGGAGACUCUGGACCGUCAUUAACAACUAUAAAAUAUUGGGUAGCUGAAUUUAAACGCGGCCGUACGAGCAUUUUUGAUGAGGAACGUUCAGGUCGUCCAAAUGAGGUCACUACACCAGAAAUGAUUGAAAAAAUCCGUGAUAUGGUAAUGAGUGAUCGAAGAUUGAAAGUGCGUGAGAUUGGUGAGAGUGUGGGCAUUUCAAUUGAACGGGUUAAUAACAUUUUGCAAAAUCAUUUGGAUAUGAGAAAGCUUUCCGCAAGAUGGGUGCCGCGAUUACUCACAACACACCAUAAACAAACACGUGUUUCCAUUUCAAAUGAU